CCGCCUCUCUGCUGCCUCCUGUCAGCGAGGACUCCGCUCCGCUGUCGCAGCAGUGGACGGCUGGCAUGGGCCUGCUGAUGGCGCUUAUCGUGCUGCUCAUCGUGGCGGGCAAUGUGCUGGUGAUCGUGGCCAUCGCCAAGACGCCGCGGCUGCAGACGCUCACCAACCUCUUCAUCAUGUCCCUGGCCAGCGCCGACCUGGUCAUGGGGCUGCUGGUGGUGCCGUUUGGGGCCACCAUCGUGGUGUGGGGUCGCUGGGAGUACGGCUCCUUCUUCUGCGAGCUCUGGACCUCUGUGGACGUGCUGUGCGUGACGGCCAGCAUCGAGACUCUGUGUGUCAUCGCCCUGGACCGCUACCUCGCCAUCACGUCGCCCUUCCGCUACCAGAGCCUGCUGACCCGCGCGCGGGCGCGGGCCCUCGUGUGCACCGUGUGGGCCAUCUCGGCCCUGGUGUCCUUUCUGCCCAUCCUCAUGCACUGGUGGCGGGCCGACGGCGACGAGGCGCGCCGCUGCUACAACGACCCCAAGUGCUGCGAUUUCGUCACCAACCGGGCCUAUGCCAUCGCUUCAUCCGUGGUCUCCUUCUACGUGCCCCUGUGCAUCAUGGCCUUCGUGUACCUGCGGGUGUUCCGCGAGGCCCAGAAGCAGGUGAAGAAGAUCGACAGCUGCGAGCGCCGCUUCCACUGCGCGGCGGACAGCGACUCGAGCCUGGAGGAGCCCUGCCGCCCGGGCUGCUCCUCCGAAUCUAGGUUGUAG